CAUUGCAGAUAAUGUACCUUUCAUUUACUUUUACAACACGAUUUAACCUUUGAUCAUGCUGGCUUUCAGAAAACAUCCGCAGUGGGGAGACGGUAUAGCAUUCAUAUACACACACAGAUAGGCUAUAUAGUGCAUUACAGCUGUUUUAUGCACGGUUGACUGACUUACAUCAAGGAUUACGAAACACCAAAGAGCAGUCGGCAAAAAUAAAAAUUCAGCUGCCGUCUCUAAGUUCACCAAGUUGUUGCCAUGGAGAUGUCUGGAGAGAAGAUGAGAACUCUUGAGAUGAAACCCUUGGUAUCUGAUCUUGAUUACUACGCGGAGGCUUACCGAGUUUACGCGGGAUUCUCUGGCCAAAAACUCAAGACUUAUCAGAAAUGGACAGACGAUGUCUUCAUUCCGACAGCUGUGGACAAGCUCCAUGGAUCCUUUCAAGGAGCUGAGGAGUUCAGGAUCCUCGGGAUUGGGAGCGGAGGAGGUGAGAUUGAUGUCUGUCUCCUAGAGCGGCUAUCAUCCAGGUAUCCGUCCAUCACUAACACUGUCAUCGAACCUUCAACAGAAGCAAUCACCAGGUAUACAGCUCUCCUCCAAGAGAAAGAGGCCAACCUUCAAGGGGUCAAAACUCAUUUUAAGCAGACGACCAUCCAGGAAUUUUGCGCGGAAACAAAAAAGGCGUCAACCGGCGAUUCGCGCCCAAAAUUUCACUUCAUCCACGCGAUCCAGAGCUUGUAUUAUUCGGAUGAUUUGAAUGGUACCAUUUGGGAUAUGUUUGAGAUGCUUGAAGAAGGAGGAGCAAUGCUCAUCAUUUUGAUGACGGAUGAUCACGUUUUAUACCGAAUGUUGGAUAACUUUCCUUUCCUCGUGGGACAGAAAACGCCAUCCACCACGAAGUUAUCCAGCAAAGACAUCACGAAAGCUCUCGAACAACUCGGACUCGCCUACACCUCGCAUACAGUCAAUACCCGGACCGAGGCGAGCUCUUGUUUCAAUCCGGAGUCCGAGGAUGGGAAUAAAGUCCUGGAUUUCUUAACCAACACUGUUCGAUUCAGGGCCAAUGCACCACCCGAGAUAUGUGACAAGGUUCUAGGGUUCCUGCGCGCCAUCUGCCCAUCGUCUGUUCCUGAUGAGACAACGGACGAGGCAAGAGAAGGGGUUGUCGGAGGGGAGGAUAAGACGCAGAAGAAGUUGCUUUUUAUCAGGGACGCGCAAUCAGUCAUUGUGUUUCGCCAGGGUACACAUGGAGCUUUACAGAAAAGUGCUAUGAAAAUGUGACUGACUGUACAGCACAAAAGGGGUUUGUCAAAUGAUAGUUCUAUAUACCAGGCAACAAUCGAGUACAAUAAUAUUGAAUGACGAGAGAACGAAACGUCUGCAAGUGUUGUCGAUCAGAAGGGCUAUACCUGAACAUUUUUACACGUGACAUUUCUUUAUUUGACUGCAUGGGGGAGCUAGGCCUGGGUACUCACUGUACCACACUGAAGUGAAAACAUAAACAGCAUAUUCUAUUGGUCUUAUUCUCACAAAAAUUAUAUUUAAAAGAUUUGAAAGAAAAUUAAUAGUAUCAGUAUUGUG